AUGACUGAGCCGAAGGCAAAGGAUCCUCGGGCUCCUCACGUGGCGGGCGGCGCGCCCUCCCCAACCCAGGUUAGAUCCCCCCUGCUGGGUCGCUCCGAUGCUGGCCCCUUCCAGGAGAGCCAGACCUCGGACGACCCGCCGGUAGCCUCGGCAAUACCCAUCUCCCUGGACGGGCUGCUCUUCCCUCAGCCCUGCCAGGGACAAAACCCCCCCGAAGCGAGCACGCCGAACCAGCAGCCGCUGUCGGACGUGGAGGACCCAUAUCCCGGAGCGGAAGCCGCAGGGGGUGCUGGAGGACGCAGCUCUAGACCCCCCAAAAAGGACAGUGGGCUGCUGGACAGCGUCUUAGACACGUUGCUGGCGACCCCCGGUCCUGGACACAGCCACGCCAGCCCUCCUGCCUGCGAGGCAACCAGCCCUUGGUGCAUGUUUAGCCCUGAGCUUCCCGAAGACCCUCGUGCUGCUCCCGCCACCCAGGGGGCGUUGCCUUUGCUCAUGAGUCGGCCCGGGGGCAAGGUUGGCGACCACUCAGGGGCGGCGGCACCCCACAAGGUGAUGCACAGGGAGCUGUCGCCGUCCCAGCAGCUGCUGCCUCCGACUCCUGGGGGCCCUCAGUGGCCCGGGGCCCCUGUGAAGCCGUCUCCGCAGCCUUCUAUGGUGGAGGCCGAGGAGGAGGAUGGCUCCGAGUCCCAGGGCUCCGCGAGUCCGCUUCUGAAAGGCAAACCCCGGGCUCUGGGAAGCACAGCGGCCGGAGGAGGAGCCGCGGCCACUGCGCCUGGGGCGACCGCAGGAAGCGUCGCCCUCGUACCCAAGGAAGAUUCCCGCUUUUUGGCGUCCAGGGUCACCCUGGCGGAGCAGGAUGCGCCGGCGGCGCCCGCGCGCUCCCCGAUGGCCACCACGGUGGUGGAUUUCAUCCACGUGCCCAUCGUGCCGCUCAACCCGGCCUUCCUGGCAGCCCGCACUCGGACCCGGCAGUUGCUGGAGGGGGAGAGCUACGACAGCGGUGCCGCGGUCGCCAGCGCCUUCGUCCCGCCAAGGGGCUCGCCCUCGGCCUCGUCCACCCCCGGCGCCGGCGUCGACUUCCCCGACUGCGCAUACCCGCCGGACGCUGAGCCCAAGGGUGACGUUUUCCCGCUCUACGGCGACUUUCAGCCGCCAGCCCUGAAGAUCAAGGAGGAGGAAGAAGGAGCCGAGGCCGCCUUGCGCCCCCCGCGUCCCUACCUGGUGGCCGGUUCCCAAGCCUCCGCCUUCCCGGAUUUCCAGCUGGCGCCACCGCCGCCGCCUCUGCCGCCGCCGCGAGCACCGUCGUCCAGACCCGCGGAAGCGCUAUUGGCGGCGACGGCCGCCAGUGCCUCCAUCUCGUCUGCGUCCUCGUCGGGGUCGACCCUAGAGUGCAUCCUGUACAAAGCGGAGGGCGCGCCGCCCCAGCAGAGUCCGUUCGCGACGCCGCCCUGCAAGGCGCCUGGCGCUGGCGUCUGCCUGCACCCGCGAGACGGCUUGCCCUCCACCUCGGCCGCCUCAGCCGCCGUCGCCGCCGCCGGGGCGGUCCCCGCGCUCUAUCCGCCGCUCGGCCUCAACGGGAUCCCGCAGCUCGGCUACCAGGCCGCUGUGCUCAAGGAGGGCCUUCCACAGGUGUACCCGCCAUAUCUCAACUACCUGAGGACGGAUUCAGAAGCCAGCCAGAGCCCACAGUACAGCUUCGAGUCAUUACCUCAGAAAAUUUGUUUAAUCUGUGGGGAUGAAGCCUCAGGCUGUCAUUAUGGCGUCCUUACCUGUGGGAGCUGUAAGGUCUUCUUUAAAAGGGCGAUGGAAGGGCAGCAUAACUAUUUAUGUGCUGGAAGAAAUGACUGCAUUGUUGAUAAAAUCCGCAGAAAAAACUGUCCAGCAUGUCGCCUUAGAAAGUGCUGUCAGGCUGGCAUGGUCCUUGGAGGUCGAAAGUUUAAAAAGUUCAAUAAAGUCAGAGUUAUGAGAGCUCUAGAUGCUGUUGCUCUCCCACAGCCAGUGGGCAUGCCAAAUGAAAGCCAAACUCUAAGCCAGAGAAUCACUUUUUCACCAAGUCAAGAACUACAGUUUGUUCCCCCACUGAUCAAUCUGUUAGUGAGCAUUGAACCAGAUAUGAUCUAUGCAGGACAUGACAACACAAAACCUGACACCUCCAGUUCUUUGCUGACGAGUCUUAAUCAACUAGCCGAGAGGCAACUUCUUUCGGUAGUCAAGUGGUCUAAAUCCCUGCCAGGUUUUCGAAACUUACAUAUUGAUGACCAGAUAACUCUCAUCCAGUAUUCUUGGAUGAGUUUAAUGGUGUUUGGACUAGGAUGGCGAUCCUAUAAACACGUCAGUGGGCAGAUGCUGUAUUUUGCACCUGAUUUAAUACUAAAUGAGCAGCGGAUGAAGGAAUCCUCAUUCUAUCCAUUAUGCCUUACCAUGUGGCAGAUCCCACAGGAGUUUGUCAAGCUUCAAGUUAGCCAAGAAGAGUUCCUCUGUAUGAAAGUAUUGCUACUUCUUAAUACAAUUCCUUUGGAAGGACUAAGAAGUCAAAACCAGUUUGAAGAGAUGAGAUCAAGCUACAUUAGAGAACUCAUCAAGGCAAUUGGUUUGAGACAAAAAGGAGUUGUCUCUAGCUCACAGCGUUUCUAUCAGCUUACAAAACUUCUUGAUAACUUGCACGAUCUUGUCAAACAACUUCAUCUGUACUGCUUGAAUACCUUUAUCCAGUCCCGGGCACUGUGUGUUGAAUUUCCAGAAAUGAUGUCUGAAGUUAUUGCUGCACAGUUACCCAAGAUCUUGGCAGGGAUGGUGAAACCACUUCUCUUUCAUAAAAAGUGAAUGACAUUUUGUUUCCUUUAAAAAUGAAAUUAAAUUUUGUGGAAUGUCUUCAUGUUUUUGUCAGGAUUAUAAGGUAUCUCAAUUUUUACAAUAUUCUGCACAAAGCCUUACAUUUAUAACAUAUAUUAUGUAAACUUAAGAGAAAAAUUGUGAAAUUCUAAUUUUCCUUUAUAAAGUAUAAUUAGCAUUUUAAUAAUGUUUUUCUGUACCUAUAUUUUCUUUAAGAGCUUACGAGAUUGAAAAAUUGAUUGUCAAACUAAA